AUGCGGUCCCUGUACCGUACUGCACUGCCUAGCGCUGCCCUAGCCCCUGCGUUAGGACGGCAUUCUGCACUGCAAUGCGAUCCCUGUACCAAAAAACCGUACUGCAAUGCGGUCCCUCGCUGCCCUAGCCCCUGCAUUAGGGCGGCAUUCUGCACUGAGGCCGCUUUUCUCGCCACACUCUCACAAGCACCAGCUCCAUCCGGUCGUCGUCAUUCGGUCGUAACCAUUUCUAAAGUGCCAACAACCUUGUUUGGCCGCUCACGUCGUGAAUCAGUUGCCGCUUAUCCAGCGGGUAGCAGCCGAGUACUGAACUCCCGUCGUGAAAGCAAAACCUCAACUGGGCCACCAUCCACAGAUCCCAUUGGCAGUAUACACAAUCUACAAUUGGAUAUAAUGGACGACAUCGUACAAUCCCGUAAGGCACGCAUGAAACUGUGGAAUACGAGCAGCGAAAAAGUUUGCGAAGUGCAAACAUUAGAUGAAGUCGGUGGUGGAACACCACAACGGUAUACAAAUCGCCGCUAUUCGGAAUGUGUUUCCGGUGGCACUUCACCAGCACCCAAUAUGAGACGCGCCUCCGAGCAUCCAGCUAUCAUUUCACCAUGUAUUUUACAACCGGGCAGCAAUCGUUCCUCCACAAAGCGCAAGAAGAGCGGCGGUCUGCUAAGCACUUCUAUUUUUAGCACACUCACCUCGUCAGCCAUUGAGAUCAACAAAUUUGAGGACACAAUUCCGACAGUCGUUUUGCCAUCGUCUGCGAGCGCUAGUUCGACUGGUGCUACCGCUAAAACAAAACCAACAUCAAGUGGCGGUCUAACAGCGUCAGCUGGUGCCGCCGCAACCAGUAGUUCUUCAUCGAAUCUGCUAGAUCCCAAUGCGGGUCGGUCCACGCGUUCGAACAGUUUCGAUGUUUCCAUACUCAACAAUGCCAAACAGUUGGUAAGCAAUGCACAAGACAAUAGCUCAGCAGCGCUUUCCGGUUGGUUUGAGAAGCGGCACCAGCCGAUGGCACGCAAGAAGAGUAUACGCAGCAAAAGUACUGCUAUGGCACUUUCCGAGGAUAUGUUGAAACGUUUGCAGGCUAAAGAUGUAUUGCGUGAGAGUAAACCGAAACUGGUGCCACGAAGCAAGCAAAAAAGCUGGGCGGAUACGACAAAGGGCACAAUUGUCGAUGCGACUGUGAUUGGUUCGGCAAUUGAGGGUUUUCUACGAAAAGGAUCGGUAUCAGGACCUUCCGGUAGUUCGGGUAGUACGCCAAAGAGUGGUGGUAGCACCAAGUCUGGUGGUCUGCUAAACAAAGAUACGGGUAAACGUAGUGCUCGGAGUAGCGCACAAAGUCAGGCAACGAAUGCGGUACGCUCAACACUAAAUUGGUUUGGCAAGGCGGACGAAGAUGACUCGAAGGACACCUGUGAAGCGUCGCUCUGUUCAACGUUAAAGGAUUUAUUUGUGAAAUAAUUAACAGUGCGACGACUGUUCAAGUAAAUAAGCACGGUCCGACGUUGGGUAAGCGUACGCUAUUUAUAAAAGUGUGAUAUUUGAAGAGAUGGCGGAGGAAAGCGAUAAGAGAAGCAACUAGUUGUUAGUUUUUGAUUUUUCAUACCAAAACAUUAAAUGCUGAUUAUGUUUGUAUAAAAUAAAAAAACAGACAUUUAGAGUCUGAAGUACCUUCCGGUUCCUGUGUAUACAGAAAAACUAUAUAUAUAUAUAUAUGUGUGUAUAAUAUGCUAACGCAGAAAUUGUAUAAAAAUAUUGUAUAACUAAAUUAAUUUCAAAAUAAAUUAAAUGUAAUUAGAGAAAAUAUAAUAUAAAUAUUUAUGAAAAUUACUUCAUAAGAUGUAGUGAUAACGUUAGUUCAAUUGAGGUUCAAUAAAAAAAAGUAUAACUGAACAAAUACUAUAUAUAAAUAUGCGCAAUCGGAUAUUUACUUUGAUUGGGUUUCUUAAUAUUAUGCUAAAAGCUCAGAACUCCUUCGAAUAACCAACCUCCUGGUUUUCUUGAAAAUAUUCUUCAUAAAAUAAUACGGUUUUCAAACUCAAAAGCUUAUAAUUCCAACUGACUGCAAACCUGUUCCAAUUUUAUACAGAAAUAUAUCUAUCUAUCGAUAUUUCAAUAUAUUUAAAGUAUACAGAAUAGUUUUGCAUUCUAUGUAAUGGCUUGCAGAUAUUUGCCAACUUUCAUAACUAUUGUCUACAACUUCUGAAAUAACAAAAAUGUGAAGGUUCAAAAUCAAUUUGUAUUAACUUAAAUAAUAAGAAAAAACCGAACAGAGCAUUAGCAAGUCCUAGACAUAUUUGUAACAAACACUAGUAGGUAAAGUCAGUCAAAAAAUUGUGCAUUCAAUACAUAAUGACAAUGCAUUAUGGGUGAACUAGGAUAUUGUACAUACCCAGUUGAUGUAAUAUAAUACAUGGUAUACCUAAAAUGUUCACCAUUAUUAAAUAGUACAAUAUUAUCACCAGUAUAUUGAAAAAAUAUUAAAUAGUUUAUUUAAAAUGCGAGCGUCAGUUAAAAAUUUAUUUGAAUCAUUAACCAACAUACAGAUUUACUUUAGCGAAAAUAAAUUAUAUAUAUUUACUAUCGCGCCCUCUUUGCUUUACUAAUUAUCAAUUAAAUUACUGCGGAGGAUAGCAUCAAAAUCAAACAUUGAGAUACCUUACACCAUUUGUGGUAAAAAUAUAUGCCACACCAUACAAGUCGAGCUCAUUAGCUCACCAGAUCUCAGUCGCUAAGACGCAAUAAACUAAUGAAAGUAUUUCGAAACUUUAGUUAAUAUUUUUGGAAUAGCCGUGAGUGUUAUUGAAAUAUAUGACAGAAAUGAAAUAUAGCAAGAAUAAUGACGAGUACUGACAUAACAAUUGUUCUGUUAUCAGUUAGCUCUCUUGCAAUUAUCUCUCAGAUAUUCAGUGAAAUGUGUUACAUAGAUUUCGCUCUUCACUAAGUUUAAAGCAAAGCGUAUUCUUCGCUCCCAAAAUGUUUAUUUCAAUCGAUAUUAGGACCACGAAUUAUCUACACUUCCCGCAGAAAUGGCAAAAAGAAUUUAAGUUGUUUGCUAUUCUCCAAGCUGUUAAUCCGUAUUGAGGGGCUAUACCAGUGUAACCCAUGAAAAAUUAGGCGAUUUUCGUAAAUUUUUUUUAAAAGAAAGUACUCGAUUGAUUGUUUCGAAGUUUUUUACACAUAAUAAGGUAUAUUUUCAGUUACAUUUCAAUUUUUUUUUUACAAAAAUAUUGAAAAAUAACGAAUAUAACCUGCAUUCGGUGGUGCCAAAAAAAAAGUUCCCUAACUGCUGACUUAAUUCCGGCCGAAUGAGUUGCUAAAAAAAAAUUCAAAAAGGCGAAUAAAUUUAAUAUAUUUUCUAUACAAUGACCUACGACGAUUUUUGAAAAAUAUCAAAAAUUGACAAAAUGGCGUAGUUCUGAAAAACAAUUUCAUUGUUUUUUUUGGGUACAAAAUUGACAAUUUUCAACCAAUCAAACAGAUCGUAGUCAAUAUAUUCAAGAAUACUCAGUUUAAAUUUGAAGUCGAUCGGUCAAUGUAUCGUUGAGUUAUGAUGUCAGCAAUUUUGAGAAAUGUCGUUUCGAGAAAGACGCGUUUGUCGACUAUAGCUGCCUAUACCAUCGAACGCUGCCAUUCAAAAACUAUUCAAGAUAUGAUCCGCUUUCACUGAAUAUUUUUGAAAGUAUAAACUAUGCAAUAAGCAAAAAAUAAAAAAAAAAAACGAUUUUUUGAAAAUGUCACACUGGUAUAGCCCCUUAACUGCUUAAUCAGGCUUAAUUCGAGAGUUAACUCAAUUAAUUCCGUUGCUAACACCCAUUUAAUUCUAAAAAUUUUAGAGAGUUAGUGAAAGUUAGUAGCAUUUUCGUAACGUAUUUGAACAAUUUUCAAUAAUUAGUGAUUUUGUACUAAUUUUAGGGCUAACAACCGCAAUAUUUGCCUUUGAUCCCAUUUUAUUCUACCAAACUGAAAAUAUAAUUGCCAGUCAGCUGUUUAAGUGAGUUUCAAAAUCACUUUGCUGCCGUCUGUCACCUCUGUUUAAGUGCGGAGUUAAUCGGCAUUAACGGUGCCGUCUGUCAAGGCUAUUAGAGUUGGUUGUUAAGUUUCAGUUGUUCCAUUCAAAUAAUUUAAUCGAUUUAACAUUUCAUCCUAACAGUAAGCAGGAAUCGAUAUAAUUUAUAUUUUAUUGAGAUUAUUGAAAUACGAUGUUUAUAUACUUAGGUAUUUUUCAAACUUUAGAAAUCAUCAGAAAACAGACAAUUUAUUUUAAAACUUCAACUAUGUGAGUUCUGUUGAAUUCUAAUUUAAUAUGUAUGUAUAUAUGAGUAAAUAAAAAAAUUACUAAACGGUAAUUAGUAAAGCUAAACAGAAUAAACUAGUAGUUCAUAUAAUUAGGAAAUACGGAAUCCGUAACUACUAAAUAAGACAAAAUUACAACAAUAAUAUUGCAACAGUAUGCACGCUAUUUGUAAAACAAAUAUUUACAACUAAUAACAAAAUAAAUAAAAUAUCUGGCGCUCUCUGCUCUACUCAUUCACCGCUUCCUUUUACUGCGAUUUUUCGAAGGAAAUUCGCUGCAAUAAAUAUCUCGAUGUGGCAAAAAAAAAAAGACAAUUUUUUUUCUAUUUUUUUUUUGUUUGACAUAACAGCCAAAUUAAAGCAAAAUGCAAAUAAAAUGAAAUACGUUAAUAAAAAAGUGCGUAAAUGGAAUUUUAAUAACUAACAAAUAUAGCGACCAACAGUGCUCAUGGAGAGAUAUAAUGACUGCAAAACCAUAAACCAAAUAACUAAAAAUAAUUAAAUGCAAUAAAAACAAAAGUUUAUGCAACAAAUCUUGAUAUGCAAUGCAAUGAAAAAAGUGCUACAAAAGCAAAAAAAUAAAAACCGAAAACAUAUAUGUAUGUAUGUAUGUAAAUGUAUGUAGUCAUGUGUGCAAACAUAUGAAACAUUCCAUGUUUUUCACAUACAAAUUUGCAUUCGAUUCAAUACCAUUUUGAAUAUGCUACUUAAAUGUUACACAGUUAUAAUGUAACUUUCAUAAAUGUGAUGUUUAAUGUUUUUUAUUCAGAUAUGUAAAAUAACAAUGACAACUUUUUCUCAAUAUACUAUAUGUGUAUGUUUGUAUGUAUGUACUUGUGUAUGUAAAAAUAUGCGUUUGUGCAGCACGAAAGGAUUAAUAGUCGGCUGUUAUGGUAAUUAUGGUGAUGUCAUAUUGAUAAAUGCUAAGCUAGAGAGUAUGUGAGUGCACGUAUGGCACGAAAAUAACUAAAAAAAACAUGUUGUUUAUUUAAAAAAUUUACGAUUUUUUUUGGAAUUUUUCGAUAAGCAUUUGAAUGUUCAAUUUUCUGGCGAUAUAAUAUGAAAAAGAUAUACUUAUAACUGUUUAACCUUUCCUUUUUUGUAAUGCUUUCAACUGCAAUUAAUUUUAAACGCUCUUAACAGAAAUUUUAAUAAAGUACACACACCUGAAUGCAUCAGAUAAUAGAUUUUAUAUAAAAAAAUGUUGUUAAAAACCAAUCAAAUGAAAUGCAAAGUUAACUCAACCAUUAAGCGCAAAUAAAUGCACGAAAAAACAAGAUAAAAUGUUAAAACAGAAAUGUAAAAAAAAAUUACAGUUAUCUAUUGUAUAAUAAGUCAUGAAAAGAGCCAAUCAAGAAAACUAUAAAAAUAAAUUAAUUAAUUUAAUGUAGGUUUGUAGGUUAACAAAUGCAGAUUUUGUUGAACUACGUGCAUAUGCACAUGCAAAUAAUAUGAACAUACACAGCAAACAGUCGUUGAUGAAUAUAUGCAUAAACUAAAAAUACAAAUGAAAAUUGUAUGAAUAUAGAUAAGUAAUUGAAAUCCCACCAGUGUUUAGCUGUAUUAUUGCAUUAAAGCGCAAUUGUAAAUAAUUCAAUGUGUGUGUGUAAUAAACAAGCUGGGCUUGCCUAUAUAGUAUCACUGUAACAAACAUAAACAAAAACAAAUCAAUAAUGACAAUACUAAUAAAAAUUGUGUUUGAUAUUUACCGUUGCUAGAUAUAUAUUACAUACUUACAUGUACACAAAGUACAAAUAUUUACAACUAAACUCAACUAAAUAUGCUCUAAAAAUAAAAUACUAAAUUUAAUUUUCAAUAUUGCAGAACUAUUAUAGAAUAUAUGGCUUCAUGUACUUUUUUCCUUAAACUAAAAUACUGAAAAUAACAGGAAUACAUAAAAAGAGCGAUCGUUAAAAAUAUUAUAACCGUAAAAUAUUUAGCUUCCAAAAAGUUCUAUUUGGUUUGGUAGUAAUAAUUCAAAUAGAUAACAAGUUCUGAUGAAAUCGAAUAUUUUAUACUUUCGCAAAUUAAUGCUUGAAUGUUAUUAAGAUAACACACAAUUUGACCCAUAUAUUUGGGAUAAACUCCAAUAGAAUAAGGAAAAUCAUUAUAUAUAGUAUAUGAGCGCUAUAUAUAAUAUAUGAGCGCCGAUUUCACUCAUUUUCACCACCAAGGCACACCAUAUCCAAAGCAUAUAGUCACUCACUUAAUUUUGCUAAGAUAUCUCACAUAUUAACCGAUUUACGCGGUAUAAGGCCCACCGGAAGUUUGAUAAUCCGAAUAUAAGGUAUAUGGCAGCUAGGGGAAGUUAUGACCCGAUUUUAAUAAUUUUUAGAACAGAGUCAAACUAUUAGAAGAAGAAAAUAUGAUCUGAAUUACAUUAAAACAUCUAAGAGAUUUUCCGAUAUUUUCGGAGUAAAAUUACCCUAAGGCACUGAGUUCUUCAUGUUCGCUAUCCGGGGCCUUAAAAAGUUAUAAGCCGAUUUCACAACAAGUGAAGCCACAGAUGAUUCCACAGUAUUUGUAUAAAGUUUUAGUCCGCUAUUCUUCAUCGGUUCCUUAUAAAGGGAAUUCAGAUGGAAUUCAAAAUUGAGUUAAAUGGAAAGUAGUCGUAGUAUCAAGAAAGUAUUAUAAACUGAAUUUCUUUGAAAUUGGUCGAGUAGAUAUGGUUUUUGACCCAUAAGUGGGCCACGUGGCGUAGUGCGUGGCGCCCGUUUAAAAAAAAUCUGCUUAAAAAAAUGUCAUUCAAAUAUACCUCUUCCUAUUGCGAUCCUUUAUACCAAAUUGCAUAUCUUUAUUUAUGGCUUAGUUAUGAUACUUUAUAGGUUUUUGGUUUUCGCCAUUUUGUAGUCGUGGCAAUGGUCCGACAAUGGUCGCUCAUUU